CUUUUGUUUCUCUCACGUUGGGCUACUUGUUUUAGGGCGCAAAGGACCGGCUUGGAACAGGGGUAUUUCCCCCGCGGAGGACCAGGAAUCUCCCCGCAAGCUUGCGCGCGCGACCCGCCGGUGCGCGGCGGCCCGCGGGCAAUCCUUCAUACAGAGACUCUGUUUGACUUGGAAUCUUCCCUUUUUUACUUUAUUCAAGUGACUUAGCAGGAUUUCGUGGGCAGCAUUUGUAAAUUUCCAGAAUGGAGAUCUCUUCUCAUCAGUCUCAACUCUUGCAACAGCUAAACGAGCAGCGCCGGCAGGAUGUGUUUUGUGAUUGCAGUAUCCUCGUUGAAGGGAAGGUCUUCAAAGCACAUCGGAAUGUAUUAUUUGCUAGUAGUGGCUACUUUAAAAUGCUUCUUUCCCAGAACUCAAAGGAGACAAGUCAGCCGACAACAGCUACAUUUCAGGCUUUCUCCCCUGACACCUUCACAGUUAUCCUGGACUUCGUCUACUCCGGCAAACUCUCUCUUACUGGCCAGAAUGUCAUAGAAGUGAUGUCAGCUGCUAGCUUCCUCCAGAUGACCGAUGUCAUUAGUGUAUGUAAGACCUUUAUUAAAUCCUCAUUAGACAUUAGUGAGAAAGAAAAAGAUCGCUAUUUCAGCCUCUCUGAUAAAGAUGCCAAUUCUAAUGGUAUAGAACGUUCCUCUUUUUAUAGCAGUGGCUGGCAAGAAGAAGGCGGUUCUCCACAUUCUCGCCUAAGCCCAGAUCAAGGAACAGGUGUAAUAAGUGGAAAAUCUUGGACUAAGUAUAAUUACCCUCCAGUUUCCCAGAGGAAUACUCAGCAACCUUUGGCCAAGCAUGAACAAAGGAGAGAUUCCAUUAAAAAGUCCAAACAUUUGAGGUUGUCACAGCCUUCUGAAAUUGCUCAUUGUAAGUCCAGCAAGCGAGAUGCACGAACGUCUGAUUCUUCCAGCCAUGUUUCGCAGUCUGAAGAACAAGCACAGAUUGAUGCUGAAAUGGACUCGACUGUUGGCUUUCAGUACGGCCAAGGCUCUGAAGUCACAUCAAGAAGUUUUCCAGAUGACCUGCCCAGGAUGAGAUUCAAGUGCCCGUACUGCACACACGUGGUGAAGCGGAAAGCAGACCUGAAGCGCCACCUUCGCUGCCACACAGGAGAACGGCCCUACCCAUGUCAAGCUUGUGGGAAAAGAUUUAGCAGGCUAGACCAUCUAAGUAGUCAUUUUCGAACAAUCCACCAGGCAUGCAAACUAAUCUGCAGAAAAUGCAAACGCCAUGUGACUGACCUGACAGGUCAAGUGGUACAGGAAGGAACCAGGCGCUACAGACUCUGUAAUGAGUGCCUUGCUGAAGUUGGCAUAGACAGCCUCCCCAUUGAUUUGGAAGCCGAACAGCAUCUUAUGUCCCCAUCAGAUGGAGAUAAGGAUUCCAGAUGGCACUUGAGUGAAGAUGAGAAUAGAUCGUAUGUGGAGAUUGUAGAGGAUGGGUCUGCUGAUCUGGUCAUACAACAGGUUGAUGAUAGUGAAGAAGAGGAAGAAAAGGAAAUAAAGCCCAACAUUAGGUAGCGGUAACGUGAACCAACAGAGCUGGCAUUCUGCAACUUACAGUGACCACCUGUAUCUCUCUCUUUUCCAUGAUCGGAGACUGGUUAACACAUUGUCAGACUGACUUAAAAGCAAUCACCUGAUAAAACUUGCAUGUUUUCUGAACAGGCCAUUGUAUCCACUCUGAACUUUGCUGCCCUAAAAUACGUUGCUGCACUGGAAAGAAAGACCUAGGUUGAGUUGGCAUGAUAGAUGGACAAUUAAUCCUCUUUUAUUACAGAGAAGAUACCUUUCUUCUUUUAGUAUUGGGAGCUCUACUUAGCAAACCUUUUUCAAAGAAAAUAUUUUAAAUAAAUUUACCACAACCAAACUUUAUGUAAGGUAAUUUCAAGCGUUUCAAAAACACAUACUGAAUUUUCAUAGGGAGCCAGGUAAGAGCACAUUUAAGAGUCAGACACCCAACCUGACUGAACUAAUAAGUCAUUCUGUUAACUUAAGGGCCGCAACAACCUAUCAUGUUCAUAAAGCAGGAAAGUUAAUACUUCCUAAAAGUCAAGGCAGUUUGUGAAGAUGUGUCAAUAUAGUUCUUUUCCUCCCUAAAGGGGAAAAAACCCCAAAACAAGAAAACUGGAGGUUCUUACCAGUUCUUUAGAGCAAUUUCUAACAUUUAUGAAUAUUAUUUUUACAUAUUAUUUAUAAAGAUAAUAUUACGAUCUUUGAUUUGCAAAUGCGGAAAUUAAGGUCAGAAAGUGUAAGUGGUGGGACUGGUGUCUGAACAGGUUUUGAUGUGAAGCAGUCCUCUUUCAGCCUUUUCUCCUCGUCAUGUCCCCUGAAGUGGCGGAGAACUGAAGUUGCACUUUACCGGUCUGCAGUGAUUAUGAAAGAAGCCUAUCAGAAUUAGAAAGUGUGAGACAGGAAGACGUCAGUCAUCUUCAACGACAUAUAAUAACUUGAACUAGAGUUAUUCAAAUAGUGCUAAGUAAUGUCCCUACGGUAUCUACUGACAUGUUUUUAUGUCGUUAUUUAUACGUAAACUUUAUAUAUAAAACUAUUUGAACAAGUUAUUCUCUUAAACGCUUUAAACAUUUUUUUUGCUUAUCUUGUAUAUGUAAUUUUUCAGAGUAAACUUUUCUCCUAGGAUAUAAAGUUAAGUUUAAACUCGUACCCUGUGUGAAUAAUGAAACAUUCCAAACUUAGUUAAUUUGAAGAAGCAUUGUUUUAGUUCUAAAGAUAAAAUCUGUAUAUCAGAAGUAAAGAACUGACCUCCGUAAAGGUCUCUGCAGGUUAUCACAAUAAAGCUUGAUAUAAUUGAAUUUAGAUAGAGGCUCCAUGUAUUAUACUGUAUUUUUAAAUACAGCCUGACAUACCUCAAGAUGAUACUUUUUAUAUUAUUAUUUUCUUACAUUCCUUAAUUAGUGAUCAUUCCUGAUACCAGUUUGUGGGCUAAAAUAGUUCAUUUCUUUAAAAAAAAUUUUAUAAGUAGAUGAAUAACCACUUUGUUUUAUGGUACUUAGUUCUGAGAUUCUGAGACUUUUUCAAGGUUCCUCUGAUGGUGAAUUUCCAGUUGCUUCUGGACUAGAUGGGGUGCAUUGAGUUCACUGUUCUCCCGAUGUGACUGUCUUGAAUCAGGAGUCUAAACAAUGAAGUUGUAUCCCAGUGAGGGAGGGGACAGUUGUCAUGUCACUCUCUAGUCUCACCAGAUGAUGGGAACAUCUUUCAGAUUUAUAGUCUGAUUUUUAGUUGUUGGAGCCAAUAGGAAAACCCACUGAUUUGAGCUUUAUUCAUAGAAAGAAGUAGUGCUUGCAUGCGUAUACUCUUAACGCACUUUAUAAUCUAAAUGUUCUUUUAUGGUCUGAUCUUCUGCAUGCAAACUUUACCAUACAGCAGCAUGAGUGUCAGCAAAGCCCACUGAACACAGUGCCACCAGCACUUGUAGAGCCUUAACAGAAAUAAUGCUCUCUCCUAAUUGUUUAUAACAGGUAUUAAGGAAUCCCCACAGAAAAGCCAUCAGGUUCCCCAAACUAGACAGCACAUCUGUUCUAUCAUCUUAGUAUCAGAAAAGAAGAACAUUCAUGACAUGUUUGCAAGUUGUAAAUAAUACUCCAGUUAUCAUCUCCUAUGUCUCUGAGUCUUUAUAGAGACCAGCCCUUUUCUGGAAUGAAACUGUUUAUUAUAUUGGUUUCUGAGAAAGCUGAAUUCUUUGGCUUUUAAAUGUGGGGAAAUGUUAUAUAGGUGUAUAAUCUGUUAAUAUAAGCUUAUUUAUGCAAAGGAUUUUUUUAAAAUGGAAAAUAAUGGGAAUUGAUUAGACCUGUUUGCUCUUGCAGGAAUGCUGUUUAUAGGCUUCUGACCAUCCUUCUAAUUAGGGUCUUUAAGAGUGUCUUGUUGAUGGGAUGAAGUUUUGCAAAGAUAAAAGCAUCACUGCAGUUGUGCCUAGUAUCUGGGGGAAGCAAAAUAGACUAGAUCAGUGGUUUAAAAGAUUUUUUUUUACCCUAGAAAACCAUUUCUUCUAGUGAAUUAUUUCAUAGAGAAGCCCAGCAUUUAAGGAAGAAACUCUAAAAUCAGAGUUGCUCUGGUUAAAGCUCCCUAUGAGCCUUUCCCCGGGCACCUUGGCAGAGCUCAGGAGUACAGCAUUGAAAACCUUGGAACUAGGUAACUUUCAUUUCUCUCUGAGCAUUAGUCUCUUUAUUAUUCCUAUGACUCAUUGCACUUAUAAGCUGAUAACCACAGGUUCUCUUAGAGCUGCAAAUCAUCCUUAUUCAGUGUUCCUUCUGUAGUUACAUCUUAGGACUUUAAGAAUACAUUUUUUAGUGUUGUAUUGUUGAGUGAUGAAAUCAAAACAGGUACUGCUUUUUUUGUGGCCAUUCUACUGCUUAAUGGAUUAUAAAAGUUUCUUUUUUCAAUUAUUUAUGAGCUCAGAACUAAAUUCAUUAAAGUUAUUUUGCCAAGUCAUGCUAAGAUAUAUUGAAAUUCCCAUAUGUCUGUAUAUAUAUAUAUUUUGUGGGGGGGCAGUCCUAAAGUUAAUACAAUGGAAAAUCACUAAAAACAAUACAGCAUAAGAAGAUGUGCUUAACUGGGAAGGGUGAUAAUAGUAGAUCCUAGAGGACCAAAAUUUCGAUUACAAAUGGAAAGUUCUAUGUUAUUUUAUAUGAAUGAGUCAGUAUUACUAUUUAUCAUUUAUAUUGCAUUUUAUAUUCACAAAGUAUCUAAUAAGUUUUGUUAUUCUUUACAUAUCUAGGAAAUAGGACAGUUAUUCCACAUAAGUAAAGAAAUUGAGGCACAGAACAGUAAAGCAACCUACCUAAGACAACCCAAUGAAACAUAGGCAAAAAUAGGAAUUAGAAUGCUCCAAAUUUUUGAGUCCUGGAAUAUCAGUGUAAUUCAUUGAAGUAUGUUAUGUAUUACUCUAUUUUAUAAGAUGACUUUAUACAAAUAACAGUCAAUUGUUUUAAAGCUGACAUCAUUGUAUGUGAUUAAAUUCUAUACAGAAUAAAUGUUAUGUAAAGUAUGUGACUUUAUUUACAAGAGUUUUAAUGAUAAAAUUCAGAUUAUCACAGAAAUGACACUUUGGCCAGUUUCUGUAUAUAUUGUGAAGUAUAAUUAAUAUUUUAUUUUGAUACAGGAAUUUCUUAACUAUGUAUUCAUACUAACGGAGCCACAAAUAUACUAAGAAAAAUGGAAUCCACAAAGGAUCUAUACACUUCAUUUUCUAACAUGUCAGUCUUCUCCCUACAGAACUCGUAUAAAUGCGAACAAAAAGUCAGAUGUGUUAAUAAUAAGCAGUAAACCACACACAAAAGAAACCAAGGGACUCAACAUUUAAAGGCAAAAUAUUUUGAAAUGUACUUACUUACAUAGCAUGAUAAACACUUUUCCCCAUCCUGUUUUGUUUUUUCACAUCAGCAAAAGUCAUUGGAUAUUUUAUAACCUUUAGAAAUGAAACCAGUGACCAGGUUAAUGCCAGUCACCACUUUACCUCUGGGAUUGACUAGAUCAUUUGAAAAUAUUAUUGCAUCAAAUACAGCUUAUAAAGUACAUCUAAGAUUUUACUACAUUUUGCUUUGCUCUUUCAGAUUUCUAGAUACAGAAAUCCAUUAUAUAGUUGUUGGGUUUUUUAAGCCUCACCUUAGGACAUUUUUUUCAUUGCUUUUAGAGAGAAGAAGGAAGGAGAGAGAGAAAAAGACAAACAAACAUCAGUUGUCUCUUGCACAACGUAGGUAUGUGCCCUGACCAGGAAUCAAACCCGCCACUUCUCAGUUUGCAGGACAGCGCUCCAGCUGAGCCAUAUGAGCCACAGCUAUAUAGUUUCUUGGUUUUCCCACUGGGGAGGUUUUUUAAUCCCUAGUUGAUACUAUUUACAAAUACUUAAUCUCUUUGCUCAAGAGUAACUUUUAAAAAAAGAUUUUAUUUUUUGAGAGAGGGGAAGGGAGGGAGAAAGAGGGAGAGAAACAUCAGUGUGUGGUUGUGUCUCAUGAGCCCCCUACUGAGGAUCUGGCCCGCAGCCAAGACAUGUGCCCUACCUAGACUGGAAGUCCAACCGGCAACUCAUUGAUUUGCAGGCCGGCGCUCAAUCCCCUCAGCCCACCAGUCAGGGCUAGAGUAGCAUUUUUAUUCAGCUUGUAAGGGAAAAGAAUGGAAAAACAUUUCUGUGUUAACUGUAGUUCUCAACCUUGGCUGCACAUUAGAGUCAUUUGUGAAGUUUUUAAAAAAUAUAGAUGCCUGCCCUGGCUAG